UGCAACAAGAUUGUGAACAACUACAUUUCCCAUCGCUCGAGACUACAUUACCCAUGAAGCCCCGCGCCUGCAUUUGUCGGAUUGUGCUUGGUAAUAUUGUUCCAAUGAUCGAGAAUCAAUAACAUUCAAACCAUCUACAUAAAACAUCUGUUAAAUUGAAUCGAUUCUCUAAGUACACCACGAUUUAUUCAGAAACUUGUGUACAUUUCUGGAAGAUGGGGCGGCUUUGCACAGCAGGAGACUGAUGAGGAGGGAAUGAGCAGGACACGAGGAGACAACUCACAUCUAAUGGAAUAGAGCAGUCUCACCUCUCUGACAACCAGCAGUCAUGGAAACCAAGGAAAAUGGUUCAGUGGACACCAAAAGUUCUGUGGGGAACGGGCAGCUUUCUGAUCCAGCCCACUGGGCCGUAGCGGAUGUGGUCAAUUAUUUUAAAGCUACGGGAUUUGAAGAGCAAGCUAACGCUUUCCAGGAUCAGGAAAUCGAUGGCAAAUCCCUUUUAUUAAUGACUCGAAAUGACGUUCUGACCGGACUGUCAAUAAAACUGGGUCCUGCACUGAAGAUCUAUGAGUAUCACGUCAAGCCUCUCCAAACCCAGCACUUAAAAAGUAACGUCUCAUAGCUGCUGCAGCCACAUGGAUGCAUGGAAGACAAUCACAGCAGGGUAACUGCAGGCAGAACUUAUACAUUUUAUGCAUCUUUAUAAAUAAACAUGGUGAAUUUAUUGCUUUUAAGGUCUCAUUCUGCUGUACAGGCGUAUUUACUGUUUUUAGUUUACCUACGUUUAACAUGUUCAUUCAGAUUUUACCUUCACUUUGUGUAUUUGUACAUAAAUCAUUAUUGCUUUUAAGAUUAUAUGCUUGGUUUAAUAAUGUGAUCUGUGAUGUAAAAUGAAAAAUGGCUUGAACUAAAAUUGAAACACUAUUCUUGAAGAUGUUUCUGUGUAACGCAUGAAGUAUGUUUGAGCAGAAGUGAGAUGGAGGUUGCCACCACAGUUUUGAUUUUUAUUGGUUUGUUGGUGGGUUUUUUUCUGUUUUUUAAUAGAUAAAAAGUUUGUUGAGAUAAAGUAACAGCACAAAUAUCCAAAUGUCUGAAAAUGAUGUAUUUGCUGUGGUUUACAGCUAUAAAGGCUCAACGCAUUAAGGGUUUGUUUGCAGGAAUCCUGUCAGAAUGACAGUGCUUUGUGCUGCUAUAAAUUCAGUUUAUUUAUUUCAUUCUGUAACUAAUAAUGUGAUUCCUGAUGAAUUGGUGAACCAACGCAACACUGUAAAUCUACAGCGGUUUGUGAUACAGGGUGCUUGAAACUAAAGGGAGUGUAGACUGCAAUAAAUGGUGCUUUUUUCAGACUGCUGAAAAAAUCCACUUCCCGGUCCUCA